AUGCACGUCCACCCACUAUCAGCUCUCUCGGAGCUCGAGACAACCACUGCUAGGGACGUUAUCCUCACCUUACAUACCGACAAAGUCAUCUUCUUUCGCGAAAUAUAUCUUCAAGAACCUGCAAAGGCAGAACUUAUUCCUUACCUGGAGCUAGAACAUUCCGGGAAUUUGAGUCCUACUUCACCGCGCCCCAAAAGAUUGGCGAAAUGUCAAUAUGAUGUUGUGGGUAGUGAUCGUGUACCGGAGUACCAUGAGUCCAUUGUCGAUAUUGAAGGGAAGAAGAGAGUGGAACAUGUUGUUGUUGGAAAAGAGCAUCAAGCUUCUUUGACGAUGGAUGAGUUUGACAUCUUCAUCAAAACCUGUCAAGACUCCGCACUUUUCAAAGAAGCAAUAGCCAAAUUCAAACUCCCCGAAGGCUUCGAUUAUGUCAUUGAACCCUGGCCCUACGGCGGUCGUGACCGCGUAACGGACGACAGGCGCUAUUUCCAAGGUCUCAUCUUCGCCCAAGACAAACGCUCCGGAAACCCGGAUUCGAACUUCUAUGCAUACCCUAUACCCAUCAUCCCGGUCAUGGAUUUUCACAAGCGCGAAAUAGUCCGUAUAGAGAAGUUGGCCACUGGCGGAAAGGGAGAUGCUCUUACGGCAUCGGAAGCUGGAUUCAGAGAAGAUGUUAUUGGACAUUGUACAACUGCAGAGUAUGUACCAGAGCUAUUGCCAAAGGGUACACGGAAAGAUUUGAAGGAGUUGAAUGUCCUUCAGCCUGAUGGCCCUUCUUUCAAAGUGUCGCCGGAUGAGUCGCUGGUUGAGUGGCAGAAAUGGAGAUUCCGUGUUGGGUUCAAUCCUCGCGAAGGCGCGACCAUACAUGAUGUUUGGUAUGAUGGGAGGAGUGUUCUUUAUCGACUUAGUAUGAGCGAGAUGACUGUACCAUAUGCAGAUCCCCGGUAUCCAUUCCAUCGGAAGCAGGCAUUUGAUUUCGGUGAUGGAGGUGCUGGAAAUUGUGCAAACAAUCUCUCUCUUGGUUGUGACUGCUUGGGUGUGAUUAAAUAUUUCGAUGCCGUUCUCACGGACAGUGAAGGCAAUGUCAAACCCGCCCCGAAUGUCGUCUGCCUUCAUGAACAAGAUAACGGCAUUGGCUGGAAGCACACCAACUGGCGUACUGGGCGCGCUGUGGUGACAAGAUCGCGCGAAUUGGUUGUACAAUUCAUCAUCACCCUAGCGAACUACGAGUACAUCUUUGCAUAUAAAUUCGACCUUGCCGGCGGUAUAUCAGUCGAGUCUCGAGCGACCGGAAUUGUUAGCGUCGUCAACAUUGACCCCGGCAAGCAGUCUGAGUACGGUAACGUCGUCGGUAAUGGAGUCCUGGCACAAAAUCAUCAACACGUCUUUUGUAUUCGUAUCGAUCCUGCUAUUGAAGGCCACAAGAAUACUGUGUAUGUCGAAGAAUCGCAUGCCGUGGAAAUGAACGACGUCACAAAUCCAGAAGGAAAUCUUUACCAGAUUCGAAAGACGCCAGUUGAGAGAUCUACCUGGUUUGAUGCCGCACCCCAGCAUAACCGAAUUAUCAAAAUGGUUAAUACCGACAAACUCAAUCCGAUUAGUCGAAACCCCGUGGGAUAUAAAUUCACGCCUAUGGCAACGCAGCUUUUGCUAGCCGAUAAACGCUCUAUUCAAGCCAAGAGGGCACAGUUCGCUCAGCAUCAUGUAUGGGUAACAAAGUAUCGGGAUGGUGAGCUUUUUGCGGGCGGUCGUUAUACACUGCAGAGCAAAGACGAGAUUGCCGGAGUUUCUGAUGCUGUCAAACGAGGUGAAAGCGUAGCGAAUGAAGACGUUGUGGUAUGGAGUGUUUUUGGUAUCACCCAUAACCCCAGAGUCGAAGAUUGGCCGGUCAUGCCAGUGGAAUGCUUCCAACUCAAUAUUCGUCCCGCAGACUUCUUCACGGAAAAUCCGGCUAUUGAUGUUCCGUCAAGAAAGAAUAUGGCUUCUCAGCUAGUGACUUCGAAUUGUUGCUCAAAGCCUAGCUUGUAG